GUAAAGGUGUUGAUACAGUAGCAAGUCUUGAUGAAUGUGCAAUUCUUGGACUACGAGGCGAUUUAUGUAAUUGUGAUUGUGAUAAUUUUGGAGUUGUUGGUGUAGUUGUUAAUGGUUAUGUUAGGUUAUAAUGUGUAUAUAAAAAGCAUUCCCAAAAGAAGAUAAUAUAUAUGUAUAUGUAAAUUUAAUUUAAAAAUAAAAUAAAUCUGAUAUAAAAAUGAAUGAUGAUAUACAAAGUUCACAGGAUAAAAUUCCAGAAAUUGUUAAAAAUGCUGUACUAAUGCAAAGUUCUCCUAUACCAAUGGGAACACCCAUUGUGAAAGGAUAUGAUUGGAAUAAAGGAAUUAACUAUCAUGCUUUGUUUGAAACAUAUAAAAAUUCGGGUUUUCAAGCAAGAAAUUUUGGUUUAGCAGUGGAUGAAAUUCAAAAAAUGAUAAAUACUAGAAAUAUUCCUCUUGAAGAUGAUCAAAUUGAUACUUUGGAAGAAGAUAAAUUCGUACAAAGGAAGUCUUCAUGUACAAUAUUUUUGGGAUAUACAUCUAAUAUGGCUUCAUGUGGAAUUCGAGAUACUAUAAGAUUUCUUGUACAGCAUAAAAUGAUUGAUUGCAUUGUAACUACAGCAGGUGGUGUAGAAGAAGAUUUGAUAAAAUGCUUAGCACCAACGUAUAUAGGAGAUUUUCAUUUAGAAGGAAAAAGUCUUAGACAACAUGGUAUCAACAGAAUAGGAAAUCUAUUAGUACCUAAUAAUAAUUAUUGUUUAUUUGAAGAUUGGGUCAUACCUAUAUUAGAUGAAAUGUUAACUGAACAGAAAACAAAAGAUAUACUUUGGACACCAUCUAAAGUAAUAACAAGACUUGGUGAAAAAAUUAAUAAUGAAAAUUCAAUAUAUUAUUGGGCUGCGAAAAAUAAAAUUCCGGUGUUUAGUCCUGCUUUAACAGAUGGAAGUCUUGGUGAUAUGAUGUAUUUUCAUUCUUUUAAGAAUCCAGGCUUAAUUAUAGAUAUAAUUUCAGAUCUUAGAAGAUUAAAUACAAUGGCUAUGAAAGCAGUGAAAAGUGGCAUGAUUAUUAUUGGAGGUGGUGUUGUAAAACAUCACAUUUGUAAUGCAAAUCUUAUGAGAAAUGGUGCUGAUUACUCCGUAUUUAUUAAUACAGCUUCAGAAUUUGAUGGGAGUGAUAGCGGUGCUCGUCCAGAUGAAGCUAUUUCAUGGGGUAAAAUUCGAAUGGAUGCAAAACCAGUUAAAAUAUAUGCAGAAGCUUCUCUUGUGUUUCCAUUGCUCGUAGGAGAAACUUUUGCUCGACAUUAUCAUUCAACAAAAGAAAAAACUAUUUCGGAUGUUUAAAAAGAAUUAAAUAAAAAUUAAGAAAAUA